AUGUCAAUUGCAGUGGUUACUGGGGCUUCAUCCGGGAUAGGUUACUCUCUCGUAGAUGAACUGGCAUCAAACGGCUUUAUUGUUUACGCCUGCGCAAGAAGGUUAGAACACAUCAAGGUAUUACAAGAUAAGCAUGGUCUUCAAAAGAUUAGACCUUAUCAACUCGAUAUAUCAAACAACGCAGAAAUUGUAAAUUUCAGAAAGUUCCUAGAGAGUGAACCACUCAAUGGAAAGAUCGAUCUACUAUAUAAUAAUGCCGGACAAGCAUGUUCUUUUGCUACAAUAGAUGUCACAGACAAGAUAAUGGAGGAAUGCUUCAAAGUUAAUGUGUUUGGUCAUAUAAAUAUGACUCGGGAACUAUCUCGGAUGAUUACAGAUGCGAAGGGUACAAUAGUAUUUACAGGUUCCAUCGCAGGAAUCAUCUCAUUCCCAUUUAUCACAACAUAUUCAGCCACAAAGGCCGCUAUUCACCAAUAUGCCAGGGGAUUACAUUUGGAAAUGAAACCAUUUGGUGUACGAGUUAUAAAUGCUAUAACUGGUGGUGUCGAAACAUCUAUUGGUGAGACAAGACCAAUUCCGCCGAAUUCUUUGUUUAACUUCCCUGAAGGUUUGGAAGCCUUCAGAUCACGUUCAAAAAAAGUACGUAAGAUGAGUUCCACAGAAUAUGCAAAACAGAUGGUUGAAAUAAUAAUGAGUUCAAAUGAUCCAGUAGACAUAUAUGAAGGUUCAUUUGCCACAAUAGCACGUCUGAUAUCAUUGUUUAUUCCAAUGUGGCUUUUGGAUAAGGUUCUGUAUAAGUCUAAUAAACUAGACAAAGUAGAAUCUUCUUUAAAGUAUAACAAAACAAAGAAAGCUAUAUAA